AUGGAUUUGAGGGAAUAUUCGCCGCAGGUACAGAACGUUACACUUUUCACGCUUAAAAUUGAUUACAGGCAAUUCUCGCGAGCACCUUGUUCGGUGGAACACUUGCCGCUGCUGUCACCUACGUGUUUUUGACGAGUAAAUCAAUUGAAAAUGGUAAACAUCGGAAACACUUCGGGUAACUCUAACUUUUUCGAAAUUUUCAGACUCCGGGAGCAAAUUGGUGCCAGGACUGGUGAAUCAGGGCAAUACGUGCUACAUGAACUCUCUUCUACAAGGCCUCGCAAGCUGCCCGUCGUUUGUCGGCUGGCUAAAAAGUCUCAAAACUAGCGAAAUGGGAAUUUCGGGCGGAUUUGUGGAGCAACUCGCAAAAUUGCUGACGGAAAUGAACGGAUCGCACGGCGGCGUGCUCACCGCCAUUCCGAUCGUUCGUGCGCUGUCCGCGCACGGCUGGAACAUCACAAUCGGAGUCGAGCACGACCUUUUCGAGUUGUUCAACGUGUUUGUGACCACGUGGGAGGACGAGUUGAAGACAUCGCGACACACGCUCAAGCAUCAAUCGAUUGAGAAUUCGCUGGAGAGCAGUUCCGAAGAGGCUCCACCCACUUCGAGCGCCUCCUCGUCGCCGAGCAUUGUCAGAAAGUUGAUGAGCUUUCAGAGGUGAAUUUUUGAUUGAGAAAAGCAAACGAUUUUCGCACAAUACACAGAAAAACGAGAUAAACAACACCGCGACGCGCGCACUCAAUUCAAAUUUGUCGCAUCGCUGCGAAACCCGAAACAUUCGAUUCUCGGUUGUUUUUCUCGUUGUUCAUGGCCAUGUUCUGUCGAUGAGAACACAAUUGCAAUUCGUUUCUUACGGCGCGAUUAGGUUGGGUUCUCUAGAACACCUCAUUCGAACAAAAUGCAACAAAAAAGUAGAAUUCUGUGCACUUCUGCAUAUAUCUUUCAAAUGUAAUACUCAUUUAUCAAUCAAGCAUCACACAAUUCAAAACCUUAAAUCCCCAACACCCUAAAAUAUUUGAAUCUCCCGUCAAAACUACGAUGAAGCGCACUUGCCGACUAUUCAAUUCGAUCAAUUUGCCCAAUAAUUUUCAGAUGCGCUACGAUGGCGAAAAUCGACGCGGGCCUCAUUCCGCCGUGCAUGGGCCUCACCGCCACGGAGUUCCGGUGCUGCAACUCUGCGUGCGGAUAUAGAGUAAGUAUAUCGAGUAAAUCGUGAUUUUUAUAGUUUUGCGCCCGAAAUUUGUCAAUUUUCAGACAAUAAAGUACGAAUCGUUCACCGUGCUGACUCUGGCCAUCCCCAACUCGCAAAUGGGCACCCAGACGAACACGGAGGCGCUGCUCCGCCGCUACUUUUGCUCGGAAAUCAUCCGCGACGCGACGUGCGACAAGUGCAAAGCGGCGGACCGCAAACAGACGGGCUUCCUGAAGAAGCACGGAAUCGUGAAACUGCCGCAGACCCUGAUGAUCCGCAUCGAACGGGUCGGCAUGCUCCCGCACGGAUCCAUGAAACUCUCCGAGCACGUCAACUUUGGCGACUGUCUCUCUCUGCAGGACGUUUGUUUCAGGAAGAACCCACGCGUUAAUCAGGUUGGUGGGCAAGUGCGCGCCGCGAAAAUGCAUUGUUUUCUUAGCGAAACUCUCGGUUUCACCUUCAGAACGCGUACGAACAGUCGAAUCGGUGGCAAUUGCCGGACGGAACGUCGCGAGUGUUGGGCGGUGCGGAAGAGACGAGAAGCCGACAGUCUCCGAUCCAUGCGACGAGCGGAGGGAGCACUUCGAACGGGUACGGAGACGUCGGACACAGCUACUCCCUCAUUGAGUAGGCGUCCGCAAUCGAAUGCGAAGCAAACGAUGCGUUUUUCAGCGGCGGAUCGUUUGUGGCGGACCGUCGGGAGACGCAAAAGUACGCGUAUCAGCUGCGGGCGGUGAGUGAGCACCGCGGAGGACCCUACUCGGGACACUUUGUCACCUACAGACGGGCGGCCGCACCCAACCAUCAUUCAUGGUUCUACACUAGCGAUGCACAGGUGAUUUGCUUGGUUUCGCUUGCUGACUUUACCUGUAAUAUAUGCUCAGAGAGCUGUUGUUCCUAUCGCUUCCAUUCCAAUUUCCUUGGCCCCCCCGAGCGUAUAUAAUUAUCGUUUUCGGCAGCGUAUUUCCCGUCGGCCGAACCGAGGCUCAUUACUCCUACCCCCCUCUGAAUUGCCCGUUUGCAGGUGUCCCGUGUGCCGUACUCGACCGUCGCCGCCUGCCAGAGCUACAUGCUCUUCUACGAACGUCUCCGACCGCAUCGCCACUAUCAUCGAUAA